AUCAUCGGAUUCUUCAUAGCCUAAAACGUAACAACCGUCGUCGUCAAUCCUUUCUCGAAAGGCCACCCACAUGGCCAUCAAGGUUGGACUUCUGUUGUUCCUCGUAUGUACCACCUUGAUCCCAAUCGGCCGUGGCCUUGCCGAGACUGUCAUUGACGUGACCAAGUUUGGGGCUAAACCCAAUGGCAAAGGAGAUUCCACAAUGGCAAUGAUGAGGGCAUGGAAUAAAGCUUGCCAUUCACCGGGGCCGGCGAAGCUUCUAAUUCCCCGAGGGAAGUUCAAAACAGGAGAAACGGUCUUCCAGGGACCCUGCACCGCUUCUAAGCGCAUGACCGUUGAAAUUCAGGGAACUCUUAUAGCGGACAAUGACCUCAGCGCCUACACUUCCUUCUACUGGAUCAUGUUCGAACAUGUGGAUAACGUGGUGGUCACCGGCGGUGGAACUAUCAAUGGUCGUGGCGAGGCUGUCUGGAAAUUUGACGCCGGCGAAAAAAUUCAGAACGCCCCUCUUCUCCCUGUUUCUCUGGUGUUCCAAAGCGUGCGGAAUUCUGCCCUGCACCAUCUCAACUUUGUGAACAGCAAAGGUUUCCACCUGAAGGUAACGGAUAGCUCGGGGAUCAACGUUUCCAAUAUCCGCAUAACCGCGCCAGGGAACAGCCCCAACACUGACGGCCUACAUAUCAGCGAGACCACCAACAUUAAGGUUACCAACUCCGUUAUCCAGACGGGCGACGACUGCGUAUCCAUCGGUGAUGGAAAUAGCAACGUUAUUGUCUCCGGGAUCAAUUGUGGCCCCGGACAUGGCAUCAGUAUUGGAAGCAUCGGCAAACGGUCAGAUGAAAAGUCCGUGAAAGGAGUGAGAGUGAGUAAUUGCACGCUAACAGGCACAACAAAUGGCGCAAGAAUCAAAACUUAUCGGGCAUCACCCAAGCUCCAAGUGUCUAACAUUAUUUUUGAGAAUUUAAUCUUGAAGAAUGUUAAAAGGCCAAUCAUCAUCGAUCAAGACUACAAUUCCAAGAACAAAAUACAGCCAUCGAACGUGAAGAUCCGAGAUGUUCAUUUCAAGAACAUAAGGGGAACGAUCUCGUCAAGUAAAAAUGCAGUUAUGCUGACAUGCAGCGAAUCCAAUCCCUGUGAAGGCAUUGAAUUUGCCAACAUUAACAUUAGGCCGAGUUCUAGCGCCCGCGGGCUUCUUCCGACUUCGUGCGUCAAUGUCAAGCCAAUCUUCAAGGGCAAAGUGAGCCUCGCCAGUUGCCGUCGUUAAUCGCACAAUGCAAUAACGGCGUUACAACAACAUCUAAUCCGGUCGGCUCCAGGCAGAACCUAACGAGGAAACCAAACAUGAACACGUAUCGAUCAUCACCAACGUUAGUUCUUGGAUCGUCGAUCAGCAACGUGCAAUGCUCGAUCAUAUCCUUAACAUAACCAUAACGCUUCAAUCCCGGCCUCGAAAUUAAAGUUCGAAUGUAUUCUCCGUAUUAAUAAUUUUUUUUUUUUCAAUUCAUUAUACAGUUGACAGGAUUUUUUGCAAUUAUGUUAGGGGUGUAAGUAAUGGACCCUCUAUAGACUAAAACUGAACCACAGGAAAUUUUCAGUUUUUGGUUCAGUAUAGGUUAUGUAGUUUAAAAAAAAAUUUGUCAUCAUUCCAAUUUUUUAAUUCAUUAUCAAAUUUUCUUUUUAUUACUUUUGA